AAAGAGAUAACUUUAACUCUUUCCCCCUUUUCCAAACAAAUUCUGCACUUCCAAAUUCUCCCUAUCUAGGUCUAGGGCAUAUAUAAUAACACACACAGUAAGGCUAAUUGUAUAUUCUCAUUCGCUACUUCAAUAAGCAAAAGUACUAUUCCAAUCCAGAUAUUUUACUUUCACAUUUCUAGGGUUUCUGUCUUUCAUUAGUUCUGGAGCUUGGAAAGAAGAAAAUUAUGGUUGACGAUGAGGAAAUAAGAGGAGGUUGGGCUUUGAGCUGCACUUUGGAACCCAAAAUCGAAGCACUGGAUGAGGGUUUAACAAUCUAUAAGCGGAGAAAACGCAGAAAGAUGAAUCAUUCAGAUGGAUUCGAUGAUAAGAUAGAGGCUGUUAACGGUAGUGCUUUCGAUCAAUAUGUCCAAAGGUUGAGUCUUGGUGCAUUUUCCAACGGGCCAGGUGAAUGUUCUCUUAAAAAAUGCAGCGAUAUCGUCUUACAACAGAAGCCUUCGUCACUUAACGCGCAUGAAGCAUGCAUCCAAAAUGCUCUUGUGACUAAUUCAGAAAGUGAUCCUACCCCUUUGAUCAACGAAUAUUAUGAUAACGUUGAAAGAAGUAACAACCAAACACAUAAUACUGCUCAAGAACCUUCUCAUUUUCCGUCUAGUGGAUCGUUAAAACAACCAGAAGGCUCUACAAACUCUGAGUUGUGUGCGCACGCGUUAUCUGACACUCUAAACUCGGAGAAGUUUUCUGAUUUGCGCAGUCUGUUUCUUAAGAACUUUGGUGUUGUCAAUGUUAACCGAGUUACAAACGUUGAUGCUAUAAAGUCAAAGUUGAAAAACGGAGCUUAUGAAACUUCACCAAUGCUUUACCUUAAAGAUAUCCUACAGGUAUGGGCAAAGCUUCAACAAGUGGGCAAUGAGAUGGUUACACUUGCAAACAGUCUUUCCGAUAAAUCUAGGGCUCACUACGAGCAGUUUGUCGGGAAACUCGGCUGCAAAGGAUGUGGAGAAAAAGCCGAUGUCAAAAGCUGUUUAGUUUGUGAUUCAUGCGAAGAUAUGUACCACCUAUCGUGUACCGAGCUUGUCAGUACAUCAAUCCCUCUCAAAAGUUGGUAUUGUGCGAACUGCGUUUCAAACGGAAUAGGGUCGCCUCAUGAUAGCUGCGUAGUCUGCGAGAAGCUAAAAUCUGCUGCUUCCUUACCGCUCGUUAAAUGUGCUCCAACAAACAACCAAUCACAAGAUGUAGUAGAUUGGUUGGAUGAACAUCUAGAUAAUGGUGCAACUGAUGAAAGUCAAAGUCAAAGUCAAAAUCAAUACGUUUGUUUUAUUUGCAAAUCCGAGGUGAAGAUAGAUGAGAAGUUUAGAACAUGUGGGCAUUCUUUAUGCAGUCACAAAUUCUACCAUGACAAAUGCCUAACAACCAAACAGUUGGGUGUUUAUGGUUCGUAUUGGUACUGCCCGUCUUGUCUAUGUAGACAUUGCCUCGAGGAUAAGGACGAUGAUCGGAUCGUUCUUUGUGAUGGCUGUGAUCAAGCGUAUCAUAUCUACUGUACGUCACCACAACUUACUUGUAUUCCGGAAGGAAAUUGGUUCUGUGAAAAAUGUGACAGGGAAUUGCAGAGAAUAAAAACGGUGAGAAGGAUGUAUGAGAGUAUGCAAAAGAAGGUGAAAGUAGAAGAUGAAUCACAGAAGGAUGAACGUGAAGCAACGGUGACAGAACUUGAAGGACUAGACAUGCUCGUAACUGCAGCCAAAACGCUAAGUAAUGAAGAUCCCGUUGUAAUGCGAGAUGAAACCGUAACGUAGAAAUGAAGUUUUUCUGUAGGUUGUACACUACAACGUCAAAGUUUCUGACUUGCGAUUGAAUUCAGGUUUGUACACUUUUUUCUUUUGACUGUUUUUUUUUCGGUAAAGUGAAGCCAAAAACAUCCAUGAAUACUUGUUAUCCUACCCUUGAUACCGAAUGAUAACUUGUUAAAUAUUUUGGUUUUUUGGGCAUAUCUGUAAACCUCUUCUGAUGAUACUAAUGCCGUCAUUUAUACACACUGGGUUAUGAUUUUUGUGGCUA